AGCCAGCAAUGGACUAUGGAGAGGAAGAGAGGUGUGUUGAUGGAGAUGAGAAAAAUGCAGGCAUGGAGGAGGUUGUGUUUAGUGAUGGUCCUGCUGAUGGUGGGGCAGGGAGAGGGACAAUUGGCGGAGAACUUUUACAGUUCGAGUUGUCCCAACGUGGAAGCUAUAGUGAAACAGGAGGUUUCCACCAAGUUUAGUCAGACGUUCACUACAAUCCCGGCUACUCUUCGACUGUUUUUCCAUGACUGCUUUGUUGAGGGAUGUGAUGCCUCAGUCCUGAUUUCAUCACCAAAUGGGGAUGCAGAGAAGGAUUCUGAUGAUAAUCUCUCGCUUGCAGGAGACGGGUUUGACACUGUAAUCAAAGCUAAGCAAUCAGUAGAAGCAGCAUGCCCAGGGAUAGUCUCUUGUGCUGAUAUUCUGGCUCUAGCUGCCAGAGAUGUUGUAGUCCUGGCUGGAGGCCCUUCAUUCAGUGUAGAAUUGGGUCGUCGUGAUGGCCUUAUUUCUCAAGCAUCUCGGGUUGCAGGAAACCUGCCAGAACCCUCCUUUGAUCUUGACCAACUCAACUCCAUGUUUGCGAGACACAACCUUAGCCAGAUUGACAUGAUAGCAUUGUCUGGAGCGCACACUCUAGGUUUCUCCCACUGCAACCGCUUUGCCAACCGCCUAUAUUCAUUCUCCUCAUCCUCCCAGGUGGACCCUUCUCUAGACUCAGACUACGCCAAGCAGCUAAUGUCGUCCUGCCCUCAGAAUGUGGAUCCCAGCAUAGCAAUUGACAUGGAUCCUGUAACCCCACGAACAUUCGACAAUGAGUAUUACCAGAAUCUGGUGGCAGGAAAGGGUUUGUUUACUUCAGAUGAGGAGCUCUUCAGUGACCCUGCAUCUCAGCCUACAGUCACUGAUUUUGCCAAGAGCUCAGGUGAGUUCAAUGGAGCUUUCAUCACCGCAAUGAGGAAGCUUGGGAGAGUUGGCGUCAAAACUGGUGACCAAGGAGAGAUUAGGAAGGAUUGCACAGCCUUUAAUUCAUGAAGGCAAUGUCUCAGCAACAAAUUCUGUAAGGAAAUCCUCAUUAUCCAGUUUGCCUUACCAAUAUGUUAUCUACAGUUUGUCAAUAUAGUCAAGACAGUUCAAUUUUUUUUCCAUAGUCCCCUACAUUUACUCUGUUUUCUUAUCGCCUCUGUAUGUGAACUCUUCGUUUUUUUAUCCUUGUAAUGUUCAUAUUCUUUCAUAAUAAGACUUACAACAAUGAAGGUUUGCAAUUUUAUUUUAUUUUUUUU